CGCCCGCCGACGUGCGCGGCGAGGAUGGUUGACCUACCCGUAACGUCCGGCUGCCUCGCCCUGCUUCCGGGGGGCGGGCCCAGCGGCUCGGAGGGGCGGAACAAGAUGGCAGCGACAAUGGCUCUACCGGUCUCCCUCUCGGGCAGGUUUAAAGGAUCUUUUGCAUAUGUUACAAUUAAAGACAGACUGCCUCAGAUCCUCACAAGAGUUAUUGAUACUCUGCAUCGACAUAAAAAUGAGUUCUUUGAAGAACAUGGCGAGAAGGGUGUUGAAGCAGAGAAGAGAGCUAUAUCUUUCCUGUCUAAAUUACGGAAUGAACUGCAAACAGACAAGCCAGUGACCCCUUUAGAAGAUGAGCUGCCUGAUGCUGCACUGUGGAACCAAUACCUGGACUGUCAACGAAAUCUAUCAAAUGGAAAUGGAGAACCAAGCUGGUUUCAGUCCCCUUGGUUAUAUGUAGAAUGUUAUAUGUAUCGAAGAAUUCAUUCAGCAUUAGCACAAAACCCACCUAUUGACAACUUUGAUGUAUUUAAGGAAGGAAAGGCUCAAAAUUUCUUUGAAUCCCAAGAGGCUGUUAUUGCCUUAUGCACUUACUUUCAGGAACUUCUUAAGAACGUCAAGGAUCUCGAUGAAAAGCAACUUCAGGGGGAACUUUUUAAGCUACUGCAGGUGGCACUGUGGGGAAAUAAGUGUGACCUUUCUUUUUCAGCUGGUGAAGAAAGCUCUCAGAAAUCUAGUCCUCUACAAUCCCUGGAAGACCUGAUACCUUACGUCUUAGUGAAUGAUAUGGAAAAACUUUGGUCACUACUUAUAAAUGCCAAAAAAAGAACUACAGAUAAAUCUAUUGUUAGAGUUGACAUAAUCCUGGAUAAUGCUGGAUUUGAACUUGUAACUGAUCUUGUAUUAUCUGACUUUCUGUUAUCAUCAAAGCUGGCUGAUGAAAUCCAUUUCCAUGGAAAAAGUUUUCCGUGGUAUGUGUCAGAUACCACAAAGCAUGAUUUUAACUGGACCAUUAAACAACUGCAGUCAGCUAAUCAUAUGCGGAUGUCUAGAUGUGGGAUAAAUUGGGAGGGCAAUUUGAAAAAGGGAGUUUGGGUUUACCAUGAUCACAUGUUUUGGACUUUGCCAUAUGAAUAUUCUAGUAUGGCUAAAGUUGCUCCUGAUUUGUAUGCUGAUUUACAGAAGUCAAACUUGCUUCUUUUUAAAGGUGAUCUAAACUAUAGAAAAUUAACAGGAGAUAGAAAAUGGGAAUACACUGUUCCAUUUUAUCAAGCCUUGAACAAGUUUCAUCCUGCACCUCUCUGCAGUUUGAGAACACUGAAAUCUGACACUCAGGUUGGCCUAAAACCAGGACAAGGUGAACAAAUUCAGGCUUCUGAACCUGAAUGGAUGAUAAGUGGGAAAUACGGUAUUGAAUCUUAUGGUUGCUUUCCUUUGGAUAUUUCUGUCAUUAGAGGGCAGAUGAAUCGCUAUCGGGCUGCAGCUGAAACUGCUCAGAGUGAACUUGCGGCACUUUUGGUGAAGUAUGAUUGUGCCCAAUCAGAGCUUCUUGAACUCAGGUCCCAAACAGUCUCUAAAGAAGCUUCUUUUCAAGAGCUGAAGGCUGAAGCUGAAAGCUACAAGGAAAACAAUGCUAGACAGACUUCUCUACUUCUGUCUUUGCAAACCCGAGUUCAGGAGAUGGAGGAAGAAUUAAGUGUGCUCGCUGCUUCUAAAAAGCAGACUGAGUUGAGAGCUCAGGAAGCAUUCAAGGAGAACUGGGAGCUGAAGGAGGAACUUCAUAAGCAAAAUGUUGAACUUAAUAAAUGUUUGAACGAGUGUGAAGAAAGCAAGACUCAAGCUUCAAAGAUCAGCAGAAAACAUGAGGAAUUGCUUAUACAGCUUUCUGGAUUCUUGGACACAGACAUCAGAGAAAAAGAGAAACUGCAGGAACAUUUAAUUUUAAAGGCCUAUGAAAUAUGUAAAGAAAAUAUGACACUAAAAAGUCGGAUUGCUGCUCUUCAAGAAGCCAUCAAUGCCCAUGAGAUGGAGUCUAAGGCUAACAGAGAAACUAUCAUGAGGCUUGUUUCAGAAAUGACCAACGAGCAGAAAAAGGCAGCAGGAUACUAUCAAGACGUGGAAAAACUUAGUAAGGAUCUUGACAGUGCUAUAAUAGCGAGACAGAGUUUGGAGAUUGAGAUCGAUACCCUCCAAGACAAACUGACUGCUAGUCAGAAGGCCUGGGAAGCCUCAAAGGAAGAACUGCACAAUCUGAAGAGAUCUUCCAGUGAGCUACAUGGAAGUUUGAAGAACAGCCUAGAAGAGGCCAGGAGUGCUCAAAACUCUUUGGUUUCUUUUAAAGAGCAAAUUUCUACCCUACUCAGCAGUAGAUCUGCAAUAGUUAAACCUUCUGAGAAGGCCAUUUUGGAGAGGAUCCGAGAAAUAAACUGCAAAGGGGAGAUUAAAGAAGUAAUGGUAUCUCAGCUUGAAACUCGAAUAGCUAAAUUGACUGAAGCUUUGGAAAAUCAGACCACAUUGUACCAGGAAGCUCUGGAGAGGAGCAGGAAAGCUGAGAAGCUAUCUGAGAGUUUCCAGGAUGAGCUGAAACAUUUGGAGGAGGAAUUGCUGUCCGGAGAUAUGAUGCAAGAUGGUUUGAAGCUUGAGAAACAAAAAUAUCUGAAAUUUCUGGAACAACUUAAUGAGAAGAUGAAGCUGGACAGUGUAGCGGCAGAGGUUGGAUUUGAUAUGAAUGUGGAUGUAAUUCUAGCUCGGGUAGAGCAGUUAGUGAAACUGGAAGGUGAUGCAGUGACUGAAAAUAAGACUAUGGCAUAUAGCCUAAGAAGGAAGUUGAAGACUCAGAAAGAAAAACUUGAAAGUAAAGAGCUGCACAUGAACCUUCUGCGGCAAAAAAUAUCCCAGCUGGAAGAAGAAAAGCAAGUAAGGACAGUCUUAGCUGUGGAGCGGGAUGAGGCCAAUCUCACUGUCAGAAAGUUACAUAAAGUGAUAGAGAGGUUACAGCAGCAGCUUGAUCUGUCAAGAGAAACUAAUACUGGUCUCAAAGCCAAGCUAUCUGAAACCAAUGAACUUAAGAUCAAAACUUUGGAGCAGAACAGAACAAUAGAAGAACUUAAUAAGUCUCAAGGCAAAUUGCAAAGAAUGAAAGAAAAGGCUGAGAAACAACUUACCUCUGUCAAAUCAGAACUUCAUUUAAAGCAGCAUGAAGCUAAUGAAGAUAAAGAAAAGGCUAAAAAUAUGUUAGAAGCAGUUACCAGUGAAAUGAAGGUGCUUAAAACAACCCUUGCAGAAGUGGCAAAAAGAGAGAGACAGCUGGCAGACUUCCGAGAGGUGGUCUCACGGAUGCUAGGCCUCGAUAUUACCAGCCUAGCUCUUCCUGACUAUGAAAUCAUUACAUGUCUUGAGGGGUUGAUUCACUCUCAUCAGCACCAUUUUUUGCCCUGUGUCUGCCUCAAAGAUGUGGCAAGGACACAAGAUGAACACUCACAAGGAAACGUGCAGAUUCUCCACUGAAAUACACAUUUUGCUAGGAAACAGGACCAAGUGAAAUUUUCUUUUGUUUUUUUCCAUAUUUGCUACACAGGCGCAGAACACAUUUAUUUCUGUUCCCUGCUCUACAUAUACUUACUUGAGCUGAUUUUUAGUCUUUCUGUAGGGACUCUGAGUUGAAUGGAUAGUGUAAAGCCAGUAGCCUGGAGAUAGCAAACAGAAAAAGAAAUCCCUGGGCAGCUUAAUAUUUCAGCUAUGAAAAUGAUAGGCAAUAUGUGAACAGUAUAUAGCACUCCAAUUUUAAUGCAGAGGCAUGGAAGGCAUGGGCCAUCCAAGAUCACUUCACAGUUUUGGGAAGUAUUCUCUAACAAAUGUCAGCUUCAGUGAAUUCCUUAUGCUUUACCCUGGGUGAAAGUGAAGAAAUAAAGUGGGGAUGGUCUCUUUCUUUUCCCCUUACAAAAAGGAGGUCUCAGUGCAUUUUUAUUCAUAAGGACUUCAGCUUCAAGACAGUUGGUUGGAAAUUAGACAGAAGACUACCCAAGUUUUGGAACAAGUAAUUCUUUCUUCAUUUAUUUUCUUUAGUCUACUACUGUGCCAAAACAAAAAAUUACACUUUUUCAGCAAAGGCUCUUUCAGUUAUAUAUUUGGUAGAAUUGCAUGUUGCCCUUGGUUAUGAUGCCUUGGAAGCUUUUCUUUUAGUUGCUGUGUUCCUUGGACAAUUACUCCUUAGGCAAAAUAAGUUGCGGUUCUUCUGAAUUAAUAAAAAGUUGUAUAAAACCCUUCUUCCGCUACUGAAAAUAGUUGAAUUCUUUCAUUUCAGAAAUCCUAAAGUAAUGAUGAUGAUGUCCAGAAAUACCUUUUAAUCACAAAAGCUGAGUGUCUAUCACCCUGUGUCAUGUUAAACAUUAUUUUUUUUAAAUUAGAACAAUAAAUCUGUUUUAAUACCUCA